AUGUCCGACGUCGAGGAAGAAUAUGAGGAGCAGGCAGAGGAGGUAGAGGAGGAGCAGGAGGCAGAAGCUGAAGAGGAGCCCCAGCAGGAAGAUGAUGCAGGAGAACAACAAGAGUACACAGAGUACCAAGAGGAGGAACGACCACGUCCCAAACCCAUGGUCCCACAGUUAGCCCCACCCAAGAUCCCAGAGGGUGAGCGGGUUGACUUUGAUGAUAUUCAUCGAAAGAGGAUGGAGAAAGACUUCCUUGAGCUGCAAACGCUGAUUGACGCCCAUUUUGAACAGAGGAAGAAAGAGGAAGAGGAACUGAUUGCCCUGAAGGAGAGAAUUGAACGGCGCCGGUCGGAGAGAGCAGAACAGCAGCGCGUUCGAGCUGAAAAAGAGAGGGACAGGCAAACGAGAAUCGCGGAGGAACGCCAAAGGAAAGAGGACGAGGAGGCGAAAAAGAGGGCGGACGAUGAAGCCAAAAAGAAGAAAGUUUUAUCCAACAUGGGAGCCAAUUUUGGAGGCUUUCUGGCCAAGGCUGAGCAGAGAAGAGGGAAGCGUUUAACUGGCAGAGAGAUAAAGAGGAAAACCCUGUCUGAGAGACGUGCUCCUCUGAGCAUUGACAAUAUGAGGGAGGAUGGGCUGAGGCAAAGAGCUCAGGAGAUGUGGAACUGGAUCUACCAGUUGGAAUCAGAGAAGUUUGACUUCAUGGAUCAGAUGAAGAAACAGAAGUAUGAGAUCAUUGUUCUUCUGAACAGGAUUUCCCACGCUCAGAAAUUCAAAAAAGGCCAUGGAAAGGGAAAGGUCGGCGGUCGUUGGAAGUAA